AAAAUAGAGAAACUAAAAGGAACGGAAACGAGAACGGUGGCAAAAAUUUUUUGUCAAGCGUUCGAAACGCUCAACGACUAAUCCACUUGAAGGGAGGGGCAUGCAAUUCAACAAACGAUGUCGGACUUCGGAGUAGUUGUUAAUGUAGUAUGUGUGUGACAACGGGAUUGACAACAUGGAUACGUCUGGGGUUAAUUGCACACCACCGGCAAUUGAAGACUUUCCACAUGACCUGUUUGAUGAGAAGCAACGACAAGAAGGAGCUGUCGUCGUUCACGUCAUUGUAUCUCUUUACUUGUUCAUCGCUUUAGCGGUAGUUUGUGACAAAUUCUUUGUACCUGCAGUAGAAAAAAUAUGUCAUGCAUUAUCAAUGUCAAAAGAUGUGGCUGGUGCAACUUUUAUGGCAGCUGCAACAUCUGCUCCAGAGCUUUUUGUUAAUGCAAUUGGGACUUUUAUCACAGAAGGUGAUAUUGGAGUUGGAACGAUAGUAGGAUCAGCAGUUUUCAAUAUUCUCGCAGUACCAGCAUGCUGUGGUAUAGGCGCAGGAAUGGUGGUGCCAUUAGAUUGGUGGCCAGUUAGCAGAGAUUGUCUGGCCUACGGUGUCACAGUGGCCAUUUUAAUCUGUAUCAUCCAUGACGAGAGGGUAGAAUGGUAUGAGGCAUUAUGUCUCGUGCUUCUUUAUAUCGUCUACAUUGCUGUCAUGUAUUGGGACAAAUCGUUUCAACGUUGUACACGUUUCCGGACGAAAAACAGUGUCUCUUCUUCUGAAGAUGGACAUAUUGCAGCAGGGGAUGCUGGGGAAAUUCACUUAUCGAGACCUGAUAAAUUGCAAUCAUCCGGUGAAAGAGUCGAGCAAAUUGCGACCAUCGACGUUCCACUACAGAAUGGUGGAACAAAGAGUCAAGAGGAAAAUCAUGAAGCUGAGUAUGAAUAUGAGCUAUUAGUAUGGCCAGCCCGUGGUGGAUGGAUCCGUAAGACUGCCUGGAUACUUACCUGGCCCAUUCAUCUCAUCUUCAUGUGCACGAUACCUGACUGUGAAAAGCCCAGGUUUAAAAAGUGGUUUCCUGUCACCUUCCUCAUGUGUAUUAUAUGGAUUGGAUCUCUCAGUUACGUUGUAGCAUGGAUGAUUACUAUUAUAGGCGAUACUCUAAAAAUUCCUGACUCCGUUAUGGGAAUUACAUUUUUAGCUGCAGGCACAAGCGUACCAGAAGCUGUUUCCAGUGUUAUCGUCGCGAAACAAGGUCAUGGUUCAAUGGGUAUCAGUAAUUCGAUUGGUUCGAAUACAUUUGACAUUCUUCUUUGUCUCGGUCUUCCUUGGCUGAUCAAAUCGUCCUUUUCCCCUACUCAACCCGGUCGUCAUUACAUCAGUAUCAAUUCUGGUGGCUUAGAAUACAGCGCAAUAUCACUCCUAUCUACUUUAAUGCUACUUUACAUUGCAUUCGCUUCAAAUAAAUUUCAACUUGACCAAAAAGUUGGGCGUGCUUGUUUAUGUAUGUACGCUGUAUUUCUUAUUCUUGCCUCGCUUAUCGAGCUCAAUGUAUUCUUUAGGGUAAAUUUGCCCACUUGUGAGAGGACGGUCAAGUGAUGAAAAAUAGUCUUACAAUAAAUAAAACAACAUUUAUAAAUAAUGACCAAUUUUGAAAUUAUUGUACACAUGUUUAUACUCCAAGAGAAAAAAUGACAUUGUUGCUAAAUAUUGUGAUAAAAUAUUUCUUCUAAUUAAUUAUAAAACAAAAAAAUAACUAAGUA